CGGCGCCGUGAGGCGGUGGAAGGGGUGCGCACGCUUACGCAGGGCAGGUUUUGUUUGCUCUCCUGGCUGUGAUGCAGUCAGUAGGCCAUGGUUGCCCGCAGCGAGAAGACUAUGUACGGCUGCUAUCCCGAUAGCUACUCGUAUCGGCUCUGGAGUCUAGCUAACGUGUGGAGUACAUGCCAACUGCUGCCUACCGGUGUGCCAGCCGUGUCCACCGUGUCCACCACGUCAAGAGCGAAGAUGGCCCAUUGACAAUGUGGCCCCUUCAACAUUUUCUCCUGCAACACCACCGAGACCGGCUCAACUCCAUCGCCGUCUCCAAGCAUACCAUGGUGCCCCUGUCGUCCGAGGAUGAACACGGCGGCCCCAUGGGCCCGGGACCCGUCCCCAUGGGCCCCGGCAGCGGCCCGGGCAGCGGCCCCGGCGUGCCCACGGUGGUGGACGCGGACCGCGACCACCGCGACGUGGAGCCGACACUGCUCAACUGCCAGCACUGCCACAAGGGAUGCCGCGGCUUCCAGGAGCUGGCCGAGCACAUGGAGCAGGCCCACCCGCUGGCGCACGCCGGCCACCUCCGCCGCAGCCCGGGCCCCGGGCCGCCGUUCGCCAGCCCCAUCAACUCGCUGAACGGGGCCGUGUCGCCGCCCCAGGUGCUGCCGCGCGCCAAGCUGCCGCAGGGCCCCCAGGGCCCCCACGCGUGCUCGCAGUGCAACUCGGCCUUCGCCACGCGCGACCAGCUGGAGAAGCACGAGCUGGUGCACUCGCCCAACAUCCAAGUGUCGUGCAAGGUGUGCAACAAGACUUUCGCCAACGUGUACCGGCUGCAGAGGCACAUGAUCUCCCACGACGAGAGCGCCGUGCUGCGCAAGUUCAAGUGCCCCGAGUGCGAGAAGGCCUUCAAGUUCAAGCACCACCUCAAGGAGCACAUCCGCAUCCACAGCGGCGAGAAGCCCUUCGAGUGUGCAAACUGCGGCAAGCGCUUCUCGCACUCCGGCUCCUACUCCAGCCACAUGACGUCCAAGAAGUGCCUCGUGAUGAACCUCAAGGUGUCGCGCGCCAACCCCAAGGGCGGCGGCCAGACGCUGCCGCGCAACAAGCGCGCCCCCAUCAACAACAAUAACAAUAACAACAACAAUAAUAACAACAACAACACCGCAUUCCCUAUGCUGCCCAAGUACGCCGGCGACGGCAUCAACCCGUUCUAUCAGUUCUACCCGCUGCCGGGCAUGGCGGGCAUGCACCCGUACCAGAUCCUGCUGGAGCAGCUGCAGGCCAACGCCAACGCGGCGCAGAUGCCCUCGCGGAGCCCCAUCGUGAGCCCGUGCCCCAGCCAGGGCCGCAGCAACAGCCCGGGGCACAGCCGCAGCCCCAGCCCCGGCAACGACGGCCACAGCCCCAGCGCCAGCAUGCCGCCACACAGCCCUCGCAGCCCCCGGAGCCCCCACAGCGUGCGCAGCACCGACCAGGACGACGACGAAGACCACCACCACGACUUGUCCGCCGCGCUCGAGGUGAACAUCGAGGAGCCCGGCAUCAAGUCUGAGCCCGAGGACGGCGACGGCAGCGUGGCACCCGCGGCGGAGGGCGAGGAGGCCGCGGCCGACCAGAAGCCCAACGUGCACCUGGACCGCAUCCUGGCGACGGUGAGCGCCAACGUGCUGAGCAAGUCGUUCCUGGACGGCAAGGCGCAGCACGCGCAGCACGCGCAGCAGGUGCCGGGGCUGCCCGGCGGCCGCGCGUCGCCCCAGUGCAGGGCGUGCCAGUACUGCCGCCUCGUCAUCGCCAGCCCCAUCGAGCUGCACCAGCACGAGAGCUACCUCUGCCCCGCGCGCGGCGACCUGGACGCCGUCGCCCUGAGCGAGGGGCUGGCCGCCAAGCUGGAGGACGUGGCCACGCUGCCCGGCCAGCAGCACAACAACCACAGCGGCUCUGAGGACGAACUGACCGACCACGACCAGGACGGGCGCAAGGUGCGGGUGCGGUCGCAGAUCACGGACAGCCAGCUGGCCAUCCUCAAGCCCUACUACACGUCCAACCCGCGGCCCAAGCGCGAGGAGCUGAUUCGCCUGGCCGACCUCGUCAAGCUCCCGCAGCGGGUCGUGCAGGUGUGGUUCCAGAACACGCGCGCCCGGGACCGGCGCGAGGGCCGCCUCAUCAGCGGUGCCGGCGCGGCGUCCAGCGCGGCCUCCUUGCCCACCUCCCCGCCGCCCGCCGUGCCGGCCGUGCCGGCCGCCUUGCAGCAGGGGCCGCUGUCGGAGCAGCCGCUCGACCUCUCCACCAAGAAGUGGCCCACGCCGUACUCCGUCCACUCGCCGCCGCCGAGCCCGUCGGCGCGGUCCCACUCGGCCAACUCAGAGGACGGCGUCAUGAACUUGUCCCGCAAGUCGCGCGCCGACUCCCCGGCCAACUCGCUGUCGCCCCCGCCGGCGUGCCAGCCGUCCGGGCCGGUCGCCUUCCGCCCCAUGUACCCCAUGUACCCGCGGUCGCCCAGCCCGCCGUCGUGGCGCCUCGGCCUCAAGCGGCCCUUCCCCGACUUCCUGCUCGGCCUCCCCGGCCUUCCCGGCGGGGCCAACUCGUCCAGCCCCGGCUCCGACCGGCGCUCGUGGAAGCAGUGUGAUACGACGGACGACAUGCCAGAUGAGAACGAUGACUGCUCUGGCAUGGACGAGCUUCAGAUCAAGCGGCGUGCUUUGGAGUCCCUGCCCCCUGGCCUCACCCUGGGCCCACCCCUCUUCCCUGGCUUCGGGGCGGACGGCUCCCCCGGCGCCCUGGACAGCGAGCCGGAGGGACAGUUCGUCUGCAAGCAGUGUGACAAAGUCUUCAGCAAGCAAAGCUCUCUGGCACGCCACAAGUUUGAGCACUCAGGUCAGAGACCACAUAAAUGUGAUGUUUGCCCUAAAGCCUUCAAGCACAAACAUCACUUAACUGAACACAAGAGACUGCACAGUGGAGAAAAACCGUUUCAGUGUCAGAAGUGUUUGAAACGAUUCAGUCACUCAGGCUCAUAUAGUCAACAUAUGAAUCAUCGAUAUUCAUAUUGUAAGCCGUACAGAGAAUAAAAUGUCACAGGACGCUUUUCAAAUCUGACAUUUCUAUAUUUUGCAGGGUUUAAUUUUGGUAUUAGGCAGGAAGCUAAUUAUCGCUUAUGGCUUUAUAGCUUAAGAGUGGUGGUUAUUGUGAUAUUUUGUCAUGAAACCAAAUUUCACUUCAGUGUGCACAGACUUUACUCAGUUACAUAGUUGUACAUGUACAGUGCUUUAUGAAGUACCAAAGAAAUUGCUGCUGCCCUAUUUUGUUUAUUAUGAGGUUCUACCAGUAUAAUGGUUCUUUUCUCUCCCAUAUAGACAUAGAUAGGUGUAUCCCAUGUUCCACUAUGCAUUGAUUGGCACAUUAGAAAAUUAGAGCAGAAUCAAACCCAAAAAGUAUUUGUCCAUGCUAAUUUUUAAAUGCUUUAUGUGGUGGAUUAAAGGUGUCCAUUACACAAAUUGCCUUCAAUACGUGUCUUGUAGAUCAUGCCAUCAGCAGAUUGUGUUGAUUAUCCAUUUUAUUUUUCCAUGACACAUUCAUCCUGUGUUUCUUGCCCUGCCUCAUUGUUCAGCCUUUUGAGACUUCUCACCUUGACACAUUUUUCAAUAGUUUUAGAGCAGUUUUGUUGGUGCAAGACGGUUUACACCAUAAAGUUCAUCAUAUGGCCGAGUGUAAAAAAUCUAGUACAAUGACAAUAUUACAUAGACUUAAAUUAAACAAUUAUACAUUGUAACUUAUAAUGCAAAAUUUUAAUGGAAGAUUUCAUUAUGAAUUUCUCUUUUUAACGCAUGGGGAACAAAAGUGUGGUUUAUCUUUGUGACUCUGUGACUUGUUCCUCUGUUCUUCACCUUUACAAUUCCUAAGGUUUUUUUUUUAUUGUUUAAGGCCUUGUUCUCCUUAUUUCCUCUCUGAAAAAUGUAUUAUUUUUGCAUAGAAUUACAGAUUUAGUUAAGCAUGUAUUAAAUUUGUGCACCCUAGCAGAACACUAAAAUCACCAUGAGGUCAUCAGCCCACGAUGACCCCAAUAGUCACUACUAAAUACUUGAUGGUCUUAAUUUAGAACCAUUUGGAGUUCUUAUGAAGUUGUAUUGACCAGACUGUGAUGCGUACUACUGUUAUGCUAGGGUCCAGAAGAAUGGAAACUUUCACUUUUGUUUAGAGUUACCUCUUUGAUGAUAAUCUAUUUGGAACUUUUUAUUUUUGUUAACUUCAUAAAUGAUAGAUUGCAGUUUUUUUUGUUGUUAUUUUGUUUUGUUUCAAUUUAGUUUGUAGAGUGGAAGUCAUGUAAAAUAGCUGGUGACAAAUUUCAAUUCUUUAAGUAAGAAAACUUCUGUUUCACAAAUCAUUCCAAAGUGUUUUUGCAUGUAGAUAUUUAUCUUAUGGAUGGUUGUAUACAUAUAUAAUGAGUGUGUAUAAAUGAGAGGAUACUCAAAAGUUGAGUAUGUGUGUAUAUUUUAAGCAUCAUGUACAUAGAGGAAUGAGAUGGGUUUGACAAUAAUUUUAUAAAUGAUAAAUUCUGUUACUGAAGGUUUGGCCAUUAAAAUAGAGAUCCUCUCAAAAUAGUGACCAUAUGUUUUUGCUACAAAUAUGAAGACUUGCACAAAAUGACAAUUUUUAUUAACUUAAGUUGUUGUCAAAGUCUAGUGCUUUCCAUCAUGCUCCUUGUGCCUAGUGUGAAAUUGUUCUUUAAAGGUGUUUCUAAUUUUAAAAGUAAUUGUUGAAUGUUCAAUUUUUUAUGCAAAUAUAAUACUUGUGGACUGGACCCAUAAUUGCUAAUGCUUUCCCAUUCCAAUUAGGUAUUGUCAUUAGGUAUUGUUGGCUGUCUUUUCUUGUGUUUUGUAAGCUAGUCAAAGCAAUUAGUCUUUCGUUGUAUCAUGUUUACCGUACUACUUGGUUUGAUAAGUCACUCCUUACUGUAUGUAUGCAUUCCGUAAGUGAUGUGUAUUUGAAGUCUUUUGGAAGGAUACCUUCCAUUUUGUUGAAGUGAAUUCAAGUGCCAAAUGGUGUACAGAUGUAAAAAGGAGUGCUUCCAUUGUAAAUUUAUGCCCUCUGUUGAAAUGAACCAGAUAUUUAUUAAGUUAGCCCAGAUGCGCAUUUGGAAAUUUAGUUUUCUACAAGCAGAAUGUGUUCUGUAAAUUGUAUCAAAUUAUUUAAGGAAGGGUUUUGCUGUUUGGUUGUAAGUUUUUUGUUUUGUUUUUUUAACUUUUCUUUUUAUCCCAAAUUACUUUCUUUUCUCCUUUUUUUAAAAAAUUCCGGUCCAAAAUGUCAUUUGGACGGAUAGAGCUAGUGCCACCAAAGACGAGUGUAAAAUAAAUAUUCGUAUUACCUUUAAGAGUGCAAUUUCAUUAUUGCAAUUUCUUGAUCAUAUUUUAUUUUUAAUGUUAUUCAACGGAUUUUCUCUUUAUUUGUCGCCCCUAUAUUAUGGGAAUGUGCCAUAUAUGUUAAAGAUAGAUAUAUAUUAAUAUUCUACAAAAAUGAUUGUUUUUGGAGCUUUUGUUAAAUAUGUAACUGGUGGCGCAUUCAAGGUCUUGAAUGUGAACUAUUUCAAAAGCUAUUAUUCUGUAUCUCUCCAUAAACUAAUUAAGAAAAAUAAACUUGUGAUUGUCUUUGA